AUGACAUCACCGCCCCAGGAAGAGACCUCCCCGUCGCAGGACGAGACAUCGCAAGUGCCACGGGAAGAGAUAUCAUUACCGCCGCGGGAGACAUUACUACCGCAGGACGAGAUAUCACUACCUAUCCGGGAAGAAACAUCACUAAGCAAAAAAGAAACAUCGCCACCAGAGAAAAAGAGAUUGUCGAGAGACAGCCACCUUGGGGCGCCCAUUUUAGGCGUAGCUGCGAAAGGUCUGGCAGAGAAGAAUAUCCCCAUCGUGGAGUAUGGGGAGCAGAUACAGUGGCGCUACGGAGACCCUGUGGUCCUUCUGCGUGUGGAGUGGGCAGUCCCCGAUGAACUGCUCUCGCUUGCGUCAGAAAUUUUGUCAGACCUGGGUUUCCCUCGUGUGCCGCCCCUGUCCACAGGACACGAAGCUGCUUACUACGGAGAAUGGGAACGAGCUGGCAUUAUCCACAGGUUGGGUGGGAGGUCGGCAUAUCUCUACCCGCUGUCAUUUAUCGGCCUUGACCUUCAGGACACCCACGAAGUCACAUCCACCUUUGACGGCACGCUCAAGAUCUUGACGCCCAAACCCAGCAGAUAUAUGGUGUCGUUGCUUCGUCAUCUCCUCAGCCACCCGUCCGACGAUAGUUUCAGACGUCGCGUAAAAGUUGAUCUACUGUCUUUUAUAUCCUUCUACAUUUUGUGUGAAGAGCCGCUGAAUACGAAGGAUGCCGAUGGGGAUUGGGUCGACGAGGAGAGCGAAGAGGAUUACCAAAACAGAGUCGGAGAAGCACUGAAGGAAAUGGAGACUUGGGAUUGGGGCGCUGGCGGAGAGGACUAUCUGAGAAUUUCUGAAUCUGUGCUCCGAAACUGCCGGGUCAUUGAUCAGUUAACUUGCUGA